GAUAGCGUAUAUUCUCCUAAUGAUCAAGAUUCGAAUUUCAUAGGUGUUAGAAUUCUCCACCCCCUUCCCUUGUAACCACAAGUUCUUACCUAAGAAGAAACUACCCACUAUCCUCUUUUUAAACACUGGUAUUGAAACUAUCCGAAAGAAAGCUCCAUGGAGGCAGAGCAAGAGACCAACAAUGAAUCAAACCAUCGUCACAACAGCAAGCACAUGAAAGCAAUCCUGGUAGCUGUAAACUGCAUAUUAAUGUCAAUUGGUCAAGUGGGAGGUCCACUACUUCUGAGGCUUUACUACAUCCAUGGUGGAAAAAGCAAGUGGCUCAAUGCCUGGUUACUCACAUCCGGAUUCCCAAUCUUGAUCCUUCCAAUUGCAAUCUCUUAUGCCAGAGCUCGAGCCACCGGUCGAACCAGGGGAGUACUAGUCACAAAAUGGCUAGUUGCAGCCAGUGCCAUAUUGGGAUUUCUCCUUGGUCUUGAUAGCUACCUUUACUCCUUUGGUUUAUCUUAUCUUCCUGUUUCAGUCUCUUCUCUUCUCGGCUCAACCCAGCUGGCCUUCACAGCAAUUUUCGCUUAUCUGGUUGUGAAACAUAAGUUCACACAUUACUCAAUCAAUGCAGUGGUGUUGAUGUCGUUUGGAUCAAUUGUUCUUGGAUUCCACAUGAACGGAAAUCGUCCUGUCGGAGUGUCUGAUGACAAGUAUGUGUUGGGUUUCUUCAUGACAAUUGCUGCAGCUGCACUUCAUGGCUUUAUAAUGCCAGCAGUGGAGUAUACCCACAUGAAAGCCGGUGUGACUGUCACAUUUGAUCUUGUUAUGCAAGUUCAGUUUCUUGUAUCAAUGUUUGCCACUCUGUUCUGUACAAUCCCCAUGAUCAUCAAUAAGGACUUCCAGGCUAUACCAAAAGAAGCAAGGGGAUAUGGUCUUGGAGAGAGCAAGUACUACACUAUACUGGUGCUGGCAGCAAUAGCAAUGCAAUUGCUAAUAAUAGGGAGUCUUGGAGUGAUCUUUUGCUCUACAUCUCUAUUAGGAGGUCUUGUAUCAUCUCUUCUAGUUCCAGUACAACAAGUCUUCGCUGUGAUUUUCUUGAAGGAAGGAUUCAAUGCUGAUAAGGGCAUGGCCCUGGCAAUGUGUAUUUGGGGAUUCACCUCCUACUUCUUUGGAGAAUACAGGAUGAGCAAGGAGCAGCAAGAAACCAAGAUAAUAUCAGACCAAUUGCAUGAGAUUCUCUGAACUAUUUUGGAUUUUUCAUGUUCGAAACUACUAAGGAUUCCAGUGUUUUUUGUCCCAGAUUUUUAAAUACUGAGACGAACGCAUAUGAUCCAUGUGAAAUCGUGGGCCCCACACACCCAACAUGAUCCAUAUAAAUGAAAUCGUGUGCGUUCAUCUCAGCAUUUGGGAUAGCGGGGAUAAAAGGAAUACUGGGUUACUAACACUGCUGUUUCAUGUUUGUUUUUAUAAUGUACUCUGGAUUAGCUUUACAUAGUGCAUUGAUGUAAUGUGGAUGAAGAAGAUGGGAAGAAAGACUAGUGUUAGACCUUGCAAUGAUUAUUUUUAAUCUUGAUAAUGAGAA